AUGCAGCUUGAUGGUAGUCUAACCUACACGACUCCGAAACCCACCACCAAUCUGGACCUGGCUGUAUCGGACCGAAUAGACUGGACGAAGAGGCCGAAUACGACUCUGACGUCACCUGACCAGCAUAAUCAUGCCGUCCUCGGCAAUAAGGUCACAACAACCAGCAUCGAUACCACCUCGAAUUCACCUCACCCCAACAACAACCCGUUGCUCAAUCCUGUCACCGCGACUCCCAACGCCGCGGACACCUCGUCGUCGUCCAGCCUACGACACGGGCCGCUGCCAAACGGUCAGGCGGCCUCAGACGUCAAGGGUCCUUGGCAUGAGUCCCGUCAAUCGGGCUCGUCUGAGACCAUCCUUCCUCCGCGGCAGUUCACCAAUUCUGCCAGACUUUCCCUCAAGACAGCGGCUGAUGGAAGUCCGGACCUUCAGAACCCCGUCGAGCCGAACAAAGUCGUCACUAAAACUGUACCGCCCUCCUCAUCUUCCUCAUCAUCAGCAUCAUCAGCAUCAGCAUCAUCAUCAUCAUCUUCCUCCCCAGGCCUCUCUCCCUUUCUUCUCAUGCAACACUUUGUCUACUUGGCGGCCGCCGGUCUCCUCUUCAGCAACGUCUUCAAGCUCCUGUUCGGCCUCCUCGUCUCCAACAAGCCCAUCAGCUCGGCCAUCCUCGUACAGCCGCCACCGUCGCCACCGCCUCCAAUUGUCGUCGAGGCGGCAACGACCACCACCAGCAGCUUCACUUGGCAACUAUGCUCAUAUUUCGGCUACUUCUUCCUCUGGCUGAUCGGAUUUCGCUAA